AUGAACCGUGCCUUAGCUUCUCGUUUUCUGGCCUUGAGACGUGUUCUUACACAACAGCCAAAACGUCUUGGAUCUGGUGGUCACCACGAGGUUCUGAAUCCUGGACCACCGGUGACUCUCGACUAUAUGCCUGUGCCCUUCCAGCCCUAUAAGAAGGUGUAUGCAGAGUUGCAAUCGAAAUUCAACACUUAUUUAGCAGUCUCCGCGACAUUAUUCGUUAUAUCUAUGGGACUGGCCGUCUACACAGAUUUGUUCGUGUUUGAGGCCAUCCGUUCGCCAUUGAGCUAUCGAAACCGUCACAAAUAA